UAGUCACAUUAUAAAUGAAAAUUUUACAAUUAUGAUUAAAAGGCAAUUUGAACAGCCAAGAGUAGGAAUUAUAUCGACUGAUGGAGAUUACUUAGGGUUUAUAUUUGUACAGCAUCAUUGGAGUCUUCAUAAAGUGAGAGAAGCAAUAGAAGAACAGCUAAAAGAUAUAAAUAACAGAUUGAGAAAAGAUUAUUCCUUCAUCGAAAGAAAUGGAUGGCCUGUUGCUUUAUUUCAAGAACAUUUAUUAACUGUGUUAGAUUUAUUACAUGAUCAAUAUAUACGUAUACAGAACUGUGAUAAAAGUAAUAGAGAAUAUUUACAUCAUACUCAUUCCUUCCACGUUGGAUCUCUAAAUAACAUUCCAGCUCUUCCAUCUCCUACAUCUCCUAUGAAUCUAGCGCUUCCAUCUCCUACAAAUCCAACAAGCUGUGAUAUUACAGAUGGAAAAACAAGUAUACCUCAAAAAUAUGAAUUGCCAAUUACAAAAACGCAGAAAAGCACUCUAGUUGCAAAGCCAAUACUCAUCAGUUAUGUACGUGCAGAAGCUGUAAAUUAUGCCUUAGAUUUAAAGAAAGAACUUAGUAAUUUAGGAUUCAGUGUAUACUUGGAUGUGCAUGAAAUAAAAACUGGAAGUGAUUGGCAAGAUGCAUUAAACUAUGCUGUUAGCAAUUGUAAAGUAUUUGUACCACUAAUAACUUCUAGGUAUGGAAAAAGUCGCUGGACCAAUAGAGAGGUAAAACUAGCAGAUGUACUUGAGAAAUUUAUAGUUCCAGUUAAUUUCUUGGAUCAUUGGCCUCCUGAAUGUUUGGCAAUACAGUUUGCAUCAACUCAAUACAUUUCAUCAAAACUAGCAGAUAAAAUAAAUGAUGGGAAAGAAAAAUCACAAGAUUCUCGUGUUUGGGAUCAAACUUGUGUAAAAAGGGUUUCCAAAGAGAUUGCAGAUAGAUGUAAGCAGAUGUUUAAAAGGAGUUCUAUAUUAAGGAAGAAAAAGGUUAUAAUUCCACGAAUUUCAUCUCCAUCAGAUGAUGUAAGAAAUAAACUACCAUCUGUUGAUAGUAAUAAAAAAUUAAUAGUAAUAAGUGCUCAUCCAAAACAAAAAUUUAUGUGUAAUCAACUGAAAGUAUUGUUUGAGCAAGAAGGUUAUGAAGUUUGGUGUUCCAUUGAAUUACAAGAUUUUCCAGAUCAAGUAUUUUCAGAUACUGUGGAUAGUUCUGAUCCUAAAACUCCAAAAAAUCUUGAACUUGCACCAAUUCCAGAAGGAGAGAGUGUUUUUAGUCAAGCUUAUAAAAAUAUUGAAAAAUCUAUAGAAGAAAGCAAGAAAAGUUAUGCUUCACUGAAAUCAGAUUAUGAUAGUAUUGAGAAAAAUCAACUUAUUAAUCAAGCUUUUAAAGAUUCAGAAAAUAGUAUGGAUGAGUGCAAAAGAAAUUACAUGUCAAAAACUGAUUUUGAUUUAGUUGAUAAAAGACAGUUGACUAGAUUAGCAUCUAUGGCUAGUGACAUUAGUCAAGUGUCAACACUUACUUCAGAUAAAAUAGAGCAACUACAGAAAUUUCAACAAAAAGCAAAGCAAGCUGGAGUUAUAAUAGUAAUUAUUUCUGAUGCCUAUACACAAUCAAAAACUUCUCAACAACAAGUGUUUUAUUGUGAACGUAGAAAACAUAUUGUUGCAAUCAAAUUUGAUGAAAGUCCAUUGCCUUAUUGGUAUGGUAUGCUCAUGGGAAAUGACAUAAUCACUAAUAUUAAUAAUCCUCAGUUUAUUACAACUUUGAAAAUGAAAGUUAAUAGAGCAUUAAAUCCAGCAACAGAAGUAGCUCCUGAAGGAGCAGCUGUUGAAGCCAAGAUGCAAUAUUAUGUUAGUUUUGUGCAGAAGACUCUUCCUCAAUUAGAUACAUGUGUGUAUAUUGCAGGAAGCAGCAAUUUAACAAAUCAGAAAACAAAAGACAUUUGCAUUGCUAUUGGAAGAGAAUUAGCAAAAAUUGAAAACAUUAUAAUAGUUACUGGCGGUUGUUAUGGUGUACAAGAAUUAGUCUCAAAAAGCUUCUUUGAAGCAAGAGAAAAUAAUAAAGAUCCAGGAUAUCUCCCUGCAGAAUCAUCUGUAAUUCACAUUCUUCCUACAAAAGAUUCACAGAAUUAUACAGCUAAGAUGCAUCAGAAUCCUGAUGGAACUUUUGAAGCUAUGUCUUUUGGAAAAUCCAUUUUUGUUGGUGAUAGUGUAAAAGAAAGAGAGAGUGCUGUAGCACGUCUGUUUGAUACUUGCAUUGUAAUUGAAGGAGGAAAAGGAGCAGCUCGUGAAAUUGGAGAAUUUGUUUGGAGUGAUCGUUUUAUAAUUCCAAUUAUAUCUACUGGUGGUGCUGCAGGUGGAAAUUUUGGUGUGCCAAUAAAGAUAUUAAUGGCACCACCCUGUGUUUCAGAAAAUGACUGGUCAGUUUUAAGUGAAAAAGAAGCUAGUCCAGAUGAUGUUUCAAAAUCAGUACUGAACAUAAUUCUAAGUGUAAAAAAAUCAAUUGUUUUAUAUUCUCAAAGUGUUGAUACUACCAACAAAAGUAGAAGGAGGUCAAGAAAAUCAAAGAAAGGAAGAAAUAAGCCAGAAACUAAUAACAAUUUUAACAGUUUACCAUUAACAAAAUCAAAUUCUCAUCAAAUGGAUGCAGAAAUGAACCAAGUUGAAGAAUUUAUAUCAUUGAAAAAAUUUGACAAAACAUCUCGUUGGCAGAAGUUUUUACAUAUAUUUUCAGCAACAAGAACAGAAUCCAGUUAACUCUUAAUAUUGACAGCAAUUUAAAGCUCAAUCAAUUGUAAAUAGAUUAUAUUAAUUAUUGUAAUAUUUAUUGGAUAUGUAACUUUGGUUUAAUUCCAGUACAAAUAUCUUGUGGGUGCAAGUAUAACAAACAUUCCAUGCAAAGAAAGUGCCAUUUAAAUGAUAAUUGCAAAUAAUAAAGAUAUCUUAGCAAUAAAUACUAUUAUGAAUUACAUUUAGAUAUAUAGAUUUAUGUUUCCAUGAAAGAAAG